CAACAAUCCAGACCAGCGCUCCAUCUGUCCUUUUUCAAUAUCCCUCGUCGUCGCCAUUACUUUGCUAGGAGCUCCACCGAUGCAUUGCUUUUAUAAUAUACACUGAACUUUCGAUCUUUAACUUUUGGCCUCCUCUGUUUAUCUCGACCUUCUUUGUACUUGAAGUUUGGGAUUCACCGCCGGCUUGGCUACUCUCUGGUCGUAACAACAGCGAAGCAGCGUCUCUCCUGAGCAUACUUCCCAUAGACUAUCCCGGGGCUGGAGCAAGGUCGACAAGAUGACCUACAUUCGGCAGCAUCAAUUGCCAAACCUCAAGACUUAUCGAUAUGCUGGAGUGGAUCACUCGCUGAUUAGUCGAUAUGUCCUCAAGCCGUUCUAUAACCGAUGCGUGAUCAACUGUUUCCCCAUGGGCAUGGCGCCUAAUGCCAUUACCCUGACAGGGUUCUUAUUUGUGGUAAUCAACUUCAUCACCAUCUUAUGGUACAACCCAACGUUAGAUCACGAUUGCCCUCCAUGGGUCUAUGCCAGUUGCGCCAUUGGGUUGUUCCUGUAUCAGACGUUCGAUGCAGUAGACGGCAUGCAAGCGCGGAGAACAAGACAGAGCAGCCCCCUUGGGGAGCUGUUUGACCACAGUGUUGAUGCAUGCAAUACGGCUCUCGGAGUAAUCAUCUUUGCUGGCGUGACGAACCUUGGUCAGACCUGGGCUACCAUACUGAGUCUCUUCGGAGCCACUAUGACCUUCUAUGUGCAGACAUGGGAUGAAUACUAUACUCAAGUUUUGACUCUGGGGAUCAUCUCUGGUCCCGUUGAAGGUGUCUUGACUCUGUGCACCGUGUUCGCUUUCACUGCCUACCAGGGCGGUGGCAGCUUCUGGCACCGCCCCAUGCUUGAGACGAUCGGUGUCCCCAAGUUGGAUGUGAUUCCCGCUCAUUUGUAUGAGAUGCCCUUUACGCAGUGGUAUCUGAUCUACGGCGCCAUCAUCCUCUUCUUUGCCACUGGCUCCAGCAUCGUACAUGUCAUGAAGGUUCAAGCUGAGCGUGGAAAGGACACGGUUAAACCCCUUUAUGGCUUGAUCCCUCUGGUUACAAUGUGGACGGUUGCCCCCGUCUACCUAUACUUGCAGCCCACCAUUCUGGAACACUACACGAUUCCAUUCAUGCUGUUAGUGGGCUUGAUCAACGCCUACGCUGUGGGCAACAUGAUUGUUGCACACCUGAUCAAAGCGGACUUUCCUUUCUCCCAUAUCUUCAUCGGCAUUGCCCCUCUCGCUUUGGGUUUGCUGGACAGUGCUGCAUCCUUACUUGGUCUUUGGCCGAGUGUUCUCGGGAAAGAAUCCGGUCAAGUCGCCUAUCUCUUCGGAUGUCUGGGUCUCGCCAUCGGUGUGUACGGAAGUUUUGUGCACGAUGUUAUCACUACAAUAUGUGACUACAUUGACAUUUGGUGCUUGUCCAUCAAGUAUCCACAUGUCGAAGAGCGGCCAGUUGCUAACGGGCAACCCAAGAAAGUCCUGUGAGGUCAAAGACUGCCCACUGCAUCCAUUCAGCUGCAUAUCAACUAUGCCAGAAUCCCAUAUAACCGCAAAUUCGUGACAGGGAGACGUUCGGCGAAGAUCUUUAGAGUGGGAAAGCAAUCCCCGAUCGCACUGUAUUGUAUUGUACGCUAGAGCCGCUCAGUCGGGAUACUGUUUUGCUUCAUCUGGAUCGAUUUGGAUUAUUGAGCUAUACCUCAGGUACAUACAGUCUACCUGGUGCCUAUAUUAUAGCUGGUCUGGAAACCAGCCAUUGACAUGUUUUACAUUAUGCGGAAAUUGGAUUAGCGGUUCAUUCAACAGCAGCCUUUUCUAAUGAGUUUGAUACGUUACGGAUUGAGCUAUUCUCUA